AACGCUGUUCCGCAAAGCAGAAGUGUUGCGGAUGUGGGCAGCAGCAGUGCGCAGCGGCCUGUGUGCUGCAGCAGUGUGGCUCGAUAUCAGCCAUGAACCCGGAGGAACAAACUGUCACCUGGCUCAUUUCAUUAGGAGUCCUCAAUUCGCCUAAAAAGAACAUCGCGGAUCCAGAGGGAUUUCUCAAAGCGUCACUUCGAGAUGGAUCCGUCUUGUGUAAGCUUAUGGAGCGACUCGUCCCGGGAUCUAUUACAAAGUAUUGUCCGGAUCCUAAAAGUGAAGCCGACUGCCUUGGCAACAUUCGGGAGUUUUUGAAAGGAUGUGUUUCCUUAAAGGUUGAGGGGUUUGAACCUGAAAGCUUAUAUACUGGUGAGAAUUUUAGCAAGAUUCUGUCUACGCUGUCAGCAGUAAACGUCGCCACUCAAGAUCGUGAUACUGAGAGGCCAUGUCCGCAGUCCAGCUCCUCCGCUCCUAAUUUGUCAAGCUCGUCAUCAUCCAUCUCAAAGUCCAGAUCCUUGCGGAGACAAUCAAAAGCAGUGGAGAUGUCAGAAAAUGGAGCCGGCGGCCAGCUGGUGGUGAAGGCACGCUUUAACUUCAAGCAGAACAACGAAGACGAGCUGUCGUUCAACAAGGGCGAGCUGAUCCAUGUAACCCGGCAGGAAGAGGGAGGGUGGUGGGAGGGAACGCUCAAUGGCAAGACUGGAUGGUUCCCCAGCAACUAUGUCCGAGAGGUCAAACCAUGUGAAAAACCAAUCUCCCCCAAAGCAGUGAAAGGAUUCGACGUUCCACAGCUGACCAAAAACUACUACAAUGUGGUGGUACAAGACAUCCUGGAGCAUGAGCGUGAGUUUGUGAAAGAGCUCCAGGCCGUUCUCACCGCCUAUCUGCGACCUCUACAGGGCAGCGACAAGGUUUCCAGUGCUGAGAGCAGCAGUUUAUGUGGGAACUUGGAGGAAAUACUUACUUUCCAGCAGGGACUCUGUGCGGCUUUAGAGGAAUGCAGCAAGAUGCCUGAAGGCCAGCAGCGCCUCGGUGGCUGUUACAUGAACAUGAUGUGCCAGAUCCGAAUGCUGUACCUGUCUUAUUGCUCCAGCCAUCCAUCCGCAGUGGCUGUACUCACUGACCACAGUGAAGAGCUGGAUAAGUUCAUGGAGAGUCAGGGAGCCAGUGCUCCAGGCAUCCUGACUCUGACCACUAGCUUGAGCAAACCCUUCAUGAGGCUGGAAAAAUAUCCCACCCUGCUGCAGGAGCUCGAAAGACAUAUAGAGGAAGCCCAUCCAGAUUACAGUGACAUCCUGAAAGCAAAUAUUGCUUUUAAAAAUCUUGUGAUGCAGUGCCAAGAACUGCGUAAACGAAAGGACCUGGAGGUGCAGAUACUGUCUGAGCCUGUGCGUGGCUGGGAAGGAGACAGCAUCAAGUCUCUAGGCCAAGUGGCCUACAUGUCUCAGGUGCACGUGCAGAGCAGCUCUAGUGAGGACAAAGAGGAACGCUACUUCAUGCUGUUUUCUAAUGUGCUAAUCAUGUUGUCUGCCAGCCCACGAAUGAGUGGCUUUAUCUAUCAGGGACGACUGCAGCUUUCAGGAGCUACGGUGACCAAAUAUGUGGAGGAUGCAGAGACUGGUCAUUAUGGAUUUGAGAUUGGAGGAGGUUCGAUCGAGCGCAUGAUCGUUUUCUGCAGUAGCUCCCAGGAGCUGCAGGAAUGGCUGGAGCACCUGCAUGCUUUUACCAAAGGUGGAAGCCCAGUAGGAACCAUACUGAAGAAUGUAGAAGGCAAGACCAUGAGCGUGGUGGGCACACCGUCUCACCUGAGUCACACGCAAAGCUUCGGCACAUCCACGAGCACCCGCUGCGCUCUGGAGCCACCUAAAAUCACAAAGCCGUGGUCUCUGAGCUGUCUGAGACCUGCUCCCCCACUUAAACCAUCCGCUGCCCUGGGCUACAAAGAGAGGAUGUCUUAUAUCAUGAAGGAUUCCAGCAAAAGCCCUAAACCCAUCAAGAAGUUCCUGAACAAGAGAAAGACAGAAAGAAAACCAUCAGAUGAUGAUUAUUUGCUCAGAAAAAGUACUGCAGCUUUGGAAGAAGAUGCCCAAAUUUUGAAGGUGAUUGAAGCCUAUUGUACUGGAGCCAGCCUGCACCAGGCCGCAACAGCUGUACGCAAAGAUGGUGUCCCUCCAGUCCUGCUACCAGAGGAGGAGAAGAUAAUUGUCGAAGAGAUGAAAAGCAACGGACAAACAGUCACUGAGGAGAAAAGCCUUGUCGAUGCUGUUUACGCGUUAAAAGACGAGGUCCACGAGUUAAAGAAGGAGAACAGGUGGAUGAAACAGUGUCUGGAAGAAGAGCAGAAAUCCCGCAAAGAGCUUGAGCGCCUGGUCAGGAAGCUGGCUAAACAGAAGAAUGACUAUGUGUGGGAAGAUGGAAGCCACUGAGUAACAUUCGAGAUGUUCUCCCCUUUCUGCAUGUCUGAGUGAGUGAGAGAGUGCGUGAGUGUGUAUGAGUGUGUGAGAGAGAGAGAGUGGGUGGAUGAGUUGCUAGUUUUGGGUUCACACCAAAUGUUGCAUUGAGAGUCUUCCUGCCUUGUAAACUUUUUUCUUUUCUUUCUUUUUUUUUUUUCUUUUUUUGGUUUUUAAGAAUAACUUUGUGGAUUUCUUGCUGUGAGAUCAUCUGAGUUUUACUGAUGUCUGCAGUGGGUUUCAGAAGAGGUUCCUGCAGCAUGAGUUCAGUUCCUGCAAACAGGGCAACAAAAUGUGUUAAACACUCAUGCAGCAGAACUACAUCAUAGUUGUGAAAGACUGUACCUGUUAUUUUUGGCCAUGAGACUUAUUAUACCAGACUUUCUGUACCUGUCCACAAUACCAUCGAACGGUGGUAGAACUACGUAUAUAACUGCUAUGAAUAUUAUCAUUCAGUGUAGCUAUACAGCAGAUGCUCGGAUGAAGCCAUUGUUUCCGUGCAUUUGGAAAAAGGAAAAGAUUCAGUGUUCAGACUCAGUGGGGAAAUGUGUGGAAAAUAAGAUUCAGUCUUCAACCAGAAACAGUACGUGUGUGUUUGUGCUCACCAAGAAAAUGAGCUCAAAGGCCUGUGUCUUUUAUAUGAAACUACCUUUUUGGUACACCGGCAAAUCAGUAUUUCUGAUUCUGUAGGUUUAUCUGGUUUGAUAGAGUUAUGUUGCACAUAAAUGACAUGAGAUGCCACGAUGGUCAUCUUGAAAAGAUUUGACUGUUUGCUUUAGUUUUUUUUUUUUUUUUUAAGCUUUUAGAAAUGUUUGCAAGGUAGCUGGUGUGUUAUUACUAGCCAUCAAAAAUAUUUCCAUGAACCGUGUCUGUUACAAUCUCUGAUAUACUGUACAGUAUUUCUAUAUCCAUUCUUGACGCCAGAUAAUCUGUGUUUAUAUUUCCGUCGUUGUUAUGCUUGUUCAGAGCUGUUCGUAGCAAACGAUGCAGCUAUUCCUAGUAAUAAAAUACAAUUUCAAUACUAUUAAGAUAUCAUUUAUAAUGUAUGUAUAUCAUAUAUACUUUAAAACAGUAUAUAAUAGCUAGUAUAGCCAAAAAAAAAGAAUAAUCCUGUAAGCUUUCAUAUUCAAUAAUACAAUAAUUGAUUAUUACCUCCAUAUUCUGUGGAUGAAAAAAAAAUCUCUAUUUAUUUUUGAAUGCAGUCGUCCGGUACUAGGGCCUUUUUAAGCACUCCGACAGUAUAACCGUACACCUCAUUUAACAACCUGGUCUGAGUCUGUUGGAAGUCUUAUUAGUGACGAACAUUGUUUUUAAUAGGAAAUGAGUUUUAAAAAAACUCUGUUACUGUAGCUGUUACUCACCCCACUUUUUUGUGUUUAAAUACAGUCAGUUUUCUUGUGAAUUCUUGCCACCUUGCAGUUAUGAGGACAUGCUGAAUUUGCAGAGAAAUUGACAGUGUAUUUAUAGCUGUUACAGCAUUAACGCUUUUAGUAAGCCAUCUAUAUUAAAGGCUGUUGCACUGCAGGAUGUUAGGGCACUGUGAAUAUGAAUUAAUCACCAAAUUUCGAUGUAAAGGCGUAAGUCAAAGGCCGUUUAUAGCUGUACGAUCUAUGUUUUGUAACAUGUCCGAAUGUUUAACUGGUACCCUGUUGGAUACACGUUGUAUGCUCUGCUGCAUUGUCUGAUCUUUCAUGUAAAGUAAUCAGGCACAAGAAUAAUGAAAUGAAAUGCUUAUAACACAAAACGAUGGCAAACGAAUUAAAGGGGAAAUAAAACAGCUGUGUAUUAAUAAGGUGUUGGUUCUUAACAAGCCACAAGAUGGAAAAGAUAUUCCCUCCGUUCUCACUGCUAAAUCACACACAGGUCUUCGUAUAAUUUAUGUCGGGUUUCAAACUUUUUAGUGAACUUUUUUGUGCCUUGACGGAGGCAUUGACGUCGUAGCAAAGGAUAAAAUGUUUCAUCACGGGUUAAAGGUGAUUAGUCACAAUAAUUUGCAGUGACACUUCAUUCUAAUGAGACACACUGACCUACAUCAGCAAACCACAAUCGCCUGCCUUUUUCAAGAGCUGCCUUUUUUCCCUUUAAUUUGUCAUUCCUCUAUGCCAUUACCUUGACACUGUUUGAUGCAAAACUAGACACUGUGGGCAAUAUUAUUAUAAAUAGGUAUAUAUUUAAGCUUAAGAAGCAGUGGAAUAGUACAUUUGAAGCCAUACAACAGGGAAUGACGUGUUCGUGCAGUCCUGUAAAAAAAAUAAUAAUAAUAAAAAUAAUAAUAACCAACUAGUAUUCAAUGCAAUAAGACUGAAGACUGGUUUACCGUUAACUGUUAUGCAUUGACAGUGAGGAGCCUCAAUUUGCACUGAGGUGUGUUCUCCAGCUAGUCGACAGGAUUUACUCCUUUAACAUACACCAUGCUGUUUCUACAGUGCUGUGAUCACAUUUUUUUUUGUUUAAUUACUGGUACUACUCAGUAAUUUGUUUAAGCUGUGCUUGUGUGUGUUCUGCAUAGCAGUAAGUAUUAUUUAAAAUUUCUGUAGUUGCUAGCAAUCUAAUUCCCAUUGACACACAAUGCCACUUUGGUGGCAUCUUAUGUUCAAUCCCAAUCCAGCUGUUGUGAUUUAUGUUCUUGCUGAUGUGCAUAUUAUCCAUAAUUAAUGUGCUGCUUUAUAAUCUGAAGGACUUAUUGUGAUGAGUGGUGUUCUGUCUGUCUCCAUUUUCAUGGUACUAUAUGAUCACAUGAUAUUUGUUCAGCUUAAUAUUGGACGCUGUCACUGGGAUUGGAUAAAACUGCCUGAUAUCUGUAGCACUUGCAGGAGAUUUUUCUUUGAUGUUCAUCUAGUUCAUUAUUUUUUGACAUUUGUUUUUAAGUGCCCAAGUCUGCAGAUCAUGUGGAUUACUAUGCAAAUAACAUUUGUUACAUAUAUAUAUAUAUUCUUUUUCUUUUUUGUUUUUGUUUGUUUGUGCUUCUAUUCCUUUUUCACUUUGCCUUCAUUUUUAAAUGAACUGUUUUAAUAAAAACAUAAAUAAUG